CAACACCGCGCGACCGGCGGAAAGGAAAGGAGAAGACAUGAACCAGCAGCAGCAACAGCAGCAGCUCGGCGAUGGAAGGCGACACGACGAUGACGCAGUGCUGGCGGAAUUCCUCUCUUCCUUGAUGGAUUACACUCCCACGAUUCCCGAUGAAUUGGUGGAGCAUUUCUUGGGGAAAAGCGGAUUUCAUUCUCCCGACGUUAGAUUAAUCAGAUUGGUUGCCGUUGCUACUCAGAAGUUUGUAGCUGAUGUUGCCAGUGAUGCUCUGCAGCAUUGCAAAGCACGCUCAGCAGCAGUAGUUAAGGACAAAAGGGAUAAGCAGGCAAAGGACAAGAGGCUCGUCUUGACAAUGGAGGACCUUUCGAGGGCUCUGCGUGAGUAUGGUGUUAAUGCCAAGCAUCAAGAAUAUUUUGCUGAUAGCCCUUCAACUGGAAUGGAUCCUGCUUCAAGAGAAGAGUAAGAGCCUAGUGCAGAUUCGUUCUCCCUCUUUACCUUGCCUAUUCAUGAUUGGUAGUUUAUCCGCUCUCCCUCGUUCUCUUGUCAAAUGUUUGCCUAUCCAGUGAUUUCCUCCUGUACUUCUGUUAUGACUGAAAACCAAUCAAGUGUAACAGCAAGAACCAUUGGCACCUUUGCAGCAUGUUUACUCUCAUCCGGCAGUCCUUCACAUGUUAAUGAAUGAGCACUGUAAAUACUGAUUAUGGUUUCUUAACGGUUCAACGCCUGAUAAACUUUGGAUACUGAACUUCUCACUUCUCCAGUUCGAUCUGGUUUUUACGACAUUGGCAAAUAUGUAAAUUAUAGCUCCUAAGUUCUCUAAUGUUACAUUGUGGUUGAUGUGUUGGGACAAAUUUUGUGGUAGAACCGGACAGUCGGCUGGUUUUCUAACAUAUAUGAAAAUGACAAGCAUGGAAAUUUA